AUGUUCCAGCGUGCUCUCGCUUCGGCACCGAGAGCGGCGAGCCGAGUCCUCUCCAGCGCCGCUCGACCACAGAUCGCCCAGCAGGCGAGAAUAGCGCCAGCUGCGACACAAGCAGCUGCGAAGAGGCAUUACCACGAAAAAGAUAAGCCCCGCAAUGUCGGUUCGAUGCCUCAGAAGGACAUGGACGUGGGAACAGGCCUUGUUGGCGCACCAGCCUGCGGCGACGUGAUGAAGCUGCAGAUCAGAGUGGACCCUUCGAACAACACGAUUUCGGACGUCAAGUUCAAGACCUUUGGCUGCGGAUCGGCCAUCGCGUCCUCGAGCUACCUCACAGAGCUGGUCCGGGGCAUGAGCCUUGAGGAGGCUUCGCGCAUCCGAAACACGGAUAUCGCGAAGGAACUGUGCCUGCCCCCAGUCAAGCUUCAUUGCUCCAUGUUGGCAGAAGAUGCCAUCAAAUCUGCCAUCAACAACUACUACACCAAGAAUCCCAAGGCGAAAGCAACCGACUUGGGUGGUACCAGUGCCCCACUGCCAAAGGUCGAAGUUGAGACUGUCUCUGCUUCUGCAUGA